AUGGCCGCCCGUCGGUCUUUGGCCCGUCUCCCCGCCCUUCACUCCUUCCCCCGCACUCCUGCCGUUACGGCUCGAGCCGCCGGUGCUCGGUCUCUAACAACUGCAACUCCAAAUGCUAGAUUGACUGCUCAGAGAGCUACCGCUACACCUGGAGCCACCUCUGCCUCUCGCCGAUUGCAUGCCACUGCCAGCCAGCUUGCUCCUCCGACGACCUCGGCGGCUACAACCGCGACGGAAUACCCGACAACCCACGAGAAGAUCUCCAACCCUAUCGACACUGCCAACUUCAUUGACAAUGAGUUCGUGACAUCCAAGGCCACCGAAUGGAUCGACCUUCAUGACCCUGCUACCAACAACCUGGUUACUCGUGUUCCCCAAAGCACUGAUGAGGAGCUAAAGGCCGCCGUCGAGUCGGCCGAGAAGGCCUUCCCCGCUUGGCGCGCCACUAGCAUUAUGGCGAGACAACAAAUCAUGUUCAAGUUCACCAACUUGAUCCGCUCAAAUUGGGACCGGCUGGCUGCUUCUAUCACUCUCGAGCAGGGUAAGACUUUCGCCGACGCCCGUGGCGAUGUUCUUCGGGGUCUGCAGGUCGCCGAGACCGCUUGUGGUAUCACCACCCAGAUGACCGGAGAAGUCCUGGAGGUUGCCAAGGACAUGGAGACUCGUAGCUACCGUGAGCCGCUGGGCGUUGUCGCGGCUAUCUGCCCUUUCAACUUCCCAGCCAUGAUUCCUCUGUGGUGUAUUCCUGUUGCUACUGUCACGGGUAACUGCUUGGUCAUGAAGCCUUCCGAGCGUGACCCCGGUGCCGCUAUGAUCCUGGCUGAGUUGGCCAAGGAGGCCGGUUUCCCUCCCGGCGUUAUCAACAUUGUUCACGGCCAACACCGCACUGUCGACUUUAUCCUGGACGAGCCCGCUAUCAAGGCUAUUAGCUUCGUUGGCAGCAACAAGGCCGGCGAGUAUAUCUACACUCGCGGCUCUGCCAAUGGUAAGCGUGUGCAGGCCAACCUGGGUGCCAAGAACCACGCUGCGGUCUUGCCUGACUGCAACAAGAACCAUGCUUUGAACGCUAUCACUGGCGCUGCCUUUGGUGCUGCUGGACAGCGCUGCAUGGCGCUGAGCACCGUUGUUAUGGUAGGCGAGACUAAGGAGUGGCUGCCUGAAAUUGCUGAGCGCGCUAAGGCUCUCAACUUGAACGGUGGCUUCGAGGAGGGUGCAGACCUUGGUCCUGUCAUCAGCCCUAAAAGCAAGAAGCGUAUCGAGGAUCUCAUUGCCAGUGCUGAGGCGGAAGGUGCUACAAUUCUUCUGGAUGGCCGUGGCCAGCACCCCGAAAAGUACCCCAACGGCAACUUCGUGGGCCCUACCAUCAUCACUAAUGUCACCCCCGAGAUGAAGUGCUACAAGGAGGAGAUCUUCGGUCCCGUCCUCGUCUGUUUGAACGUUGAGACCCUCGACGAUGCUAUUGACCUCAUCAACGCCAACGAGUAUGGAAACGGUGCUGCUGUAUUCACUCGCUCCGGCUCUACUGCCUCCAAGUUCCAGAAGGAGAUUGAGGCUGGUCAGCUUGGCAUUAACGUGCCCAUUCCCGUCCCUCUACCUAUGUUUUCCUUCACCGGUAACAAGAAGAGUAUCGCCGGUGGUGGCGCCAACACUUUCUACGGCAAGCCGGGCUUGCAGUUCUUUACCCAGCAGAAGACCGUCACCAGCCACUGGAAGAGUGAGGAUGCGACCAGCUCCAAGGCUGCCGUUGUCAUGCCUACUCACUCUUAA